CUCUGUUCCACCUCUCUCUCUCUCUUUGAUCCCAUCUCAUUCCUUAUCAUCAAUUCACAACUUUCUCUUUCCCGUUAUACCCUCACAUUCCCUUAGAAUUCUCCAUUCUCUACCCCUCAAAGAUGUCUGCACUCACUAAGCUUCGUUCUCCGGUUAAACCAAUGGUUGAGUCACGAACCAUCCUCUGUUCCACCGGGAACAGAGUCAAACCUUCGAAAACAGAGAUCGCUAAGAAGAAGAAGCCGCAAGUGACGAAAUCUCCGGCGAGAAACUUUUCAGCCUCAACUGAUGACUCUUCUUCUUCUUCAACAACAUCUUCAUCGGAACGUUCGUCGGUGAAGACGGCAGACUCUAAGAAAAUGAUAACAACUCCGUCGAAACGGAACGGAUUAGUGAAGAAGGUGAACAGUGUCGCCGUCGUUGGAAACAUUCCUCCUGAGAUUCCGGGACCGUUCAAGAGAUGCCACUGGAUCACACCUAACUCAGACUCGAUCUACGUCAAGUUUCAUGAUGAGGAGUGGGGUGUUCCGGUUCGUGACGACAAGAAACUCUUUGAGCUGCUUGUCUUCUCACAAGCUUUGGCUGAGUUUAGUUGGCCUUCUAUUCUUCACAAACGAGAAACCUUUAGGAAGCUCUUCGAGGACUUUGAUCCUUUAGCUAUAUCAGAAUUCACAGAGAAGAGAUUGAUGUCACUUAAAGUAAACGGAUGUCUUGUUCUAUCCGAACAGAAACUACGAGCCAUUGUUGAUAACGCCAAAUCUGUUCUCAAGGUCAAGCAAGAGUUUGGAUCAUUCAGCAACUACUGUUGGAGAUUUGUGAAUCAUAAAGCUUUAAGAAAUGGAUACCGUUAUGGUCGCCAAGUACCGGUUAAGUCCCCAAAGGCAGAUUAUAUUAGCAAAGACAUGAUGCAGAGAGGUUUCCGCUGCGUUGGACCUACUGUUGUUUAUUCCUUCUUGCAGGUCUCUGGCAUUGUGAAUGACCAUCUCACAUCUUGCUUCAGAUACCAAGAAUGUAAUAAUGCUGAGACUGAGAAAGAACCAAAAAUCCCUGCAGAUGAGACCGAACUGAAUCUGCAAUCCAUGUGACUUGUUUGAUCAACAACAUGAAGUAUUGGAGUAUUAAAAAGAGUUUGUUUGUAAGCUAGUUAUGUUCAUUGGUUGUGCUUUUUCUUCUAGCUAGCUUUGUCUAACUAGUUAUUUGAUGAUAUUAUUUAGUUUUUGACCCAAAAAAAACAUAUUUGGAUUUGCAAGGAAAUAAAGAAUUUAACAUUUUGUAAAAACAUACGUUCCACCAAAUAUUGAAUCUUAGAUGUUGAGAAGCAGACACAUGAUUAGUCAAAUUAACAUGACAAGACACAAAACAGUUCCAAGCCACUAAUUAAAUGUAGCAUUUGCAAGGGAAAACAACAAAUCAUGUAAUCUUCUUAUCUACAAAUAAUGCUUUUGAAUCAAACAAACAACACUCCCAAGUUCCAAUGCUUCCAUGGGAGAAAACUGUGUGCCUCCCCAUCCCCAUGUUUGGAUAGUAAGAACAUUUGAACAGAUACCAGAAGAAUAGCUUCUCACAUUCACAAUCAACAACGAGCCUUACCGUUUCCAAGAGUAAGCUCCAGAUCCUCCAUACCAACAUCAUGUAUCCUCUCUCCUUCCCACGGCUUAACUUGGUUACUACUCUCAAAUUUAAACUCAGAGCUUUGCCCAACCCCUUGGAAAGCAGCAACAGCGUUUGGAGACAUCUGCUGAGGCACAAGAGGUUUCACAAGGUUGAAAGUAGGAGAAGUCGGCACCAUAGAGCCAGAGAACGGCUGCUGGUGUUGUGCAAACUUCUGAAAGCUUAUCCAAUGACCAGAGUCAACAGUAGAAGAGUCAGACUCAUCACACUCAGGUAUUGUAACCGGGGCAUAAAACUGACGACGUGUGGGACUAGCAGGUGCAGAAACAGCAUAGAAAGGAUAGUUAAAAGAGGCCGCCAUGGACUGUUUAGCGUUGACCAUAGACUGUUUAGCAAUAGAGUCCCAGUUAAAGGGUUUAGGGUUGUUGAAAGAUGGAGAUGAGAAGGGUGGAGUAACGGGACAACUGUUUGAGAUUCUGAGGGAAGGAAGGCCACCGUCUGUGAAGAAGGUGGAGCUGUUUGGUUCACCACGAGAGGAAGAUGGGCUGACUUGGUAAGAAGGGAUUGGACUUUGAAAAGCCGAUGAGAGAGGACUCUGGUUUUGUGAUGAGUAUGUCUCACCAGGUGGUGGAGGUGGCCUGCAUCCCUGUUUUGACUCCAAAAUGAAAAAACAAACAUCAACAAUACAAUGUCAGAAUCAAUCAAUCAAGAUUCCAAGAAAAACAGGACACAACUGAUUGUAGAUUCCAAGAAACAGAACACAACUGAUUGAGAUUCCAAGAAACAGAACACAACUGAUUGAAGAUUCCAAGAAACAGAACACAACUGACUGAAGAUUCCAAGAAACAGAACACAACUGAUUGAAGAUUCCAAGAAACAGAACACAA